CGCCAGCCCUCUUCCUCCCUCCCUUUCUGCUGCGCCGCGGGCCCUCCCCCUAACUUCAGCUCACGCCGCGGGGCCUCUCCCUCGCUCCAAAUCCUGCGCAGCCGGCCCUCUCCCUCACUGCACAUCUUGCGCCACCGGACCUCUCCCUCGAUCUAUCUCCUGCGCCGCCGCUUUCCUUUCUUGCUGCCUCUCCUGCGCUGUCGGCGUGUUCGAUCUACGUGGCCGGCUUAUUCAUCUCACCCUCUCUCGAUCUGCAGGAUACAAGAGGAAGAAGGCAGGGUCUAGGUGCUACUCCGGCGCGGCGGCAGAUCGAAGCAAACCCUCCUCUCCUCAAGAUGGUCAAGAAGAUGAACAAAAGAAAAAUGAUGGUUAGAGGAGCCGCUGUUUUUGUCACACUUGCUGCAAUGGCAGUCAUUGUUCGAGCUUUAAUAAGGAAGAGAAGACCACGUAUUACAUAUGGCCCAAUGCAUGAAAGAGAUAGGAUCAGAUUUGAUUAUCUAAACCAAAAAAAUUGGCAAAGCGAUGUGUUGUGUAAAAACAUGUUAAGCCGAAGGGUGGAGCUAUGUAAGGGGCAACCUGGGCCGUGGCCCGCCCAUCGCUGGAAACCAAAUUUAGCUAGGCCCAGUCCACACCAGCUGACCAGCAUAGCGCGCAACACGCAGUAGCCCGCAUCCAGGAACUCACGGCACGGACAACAAACACUGUUUUCUCUAGCGGCCGCCGCCCGCCGCCGGAUCGUCACACAGGGCACAGCAGCCAGCCGCCCCCUGCUCCCGCUGGCCAGCGGCACAAAUCGGCCGCCACCCACGGACGACUAGCCCACCGGCAGCCAGCAGCGCGACGACGGCGAGUCGGCCGACCCACAGUAGUGAAGAUGUGGCGGCGGCCGCAAGUUGUCCUGUGUCGCGUCUCGCUGGCGAACCUGUCUCCAGCGGCAUGGACUGGUGGUGGGGCGAGCUACCAUGGCUCCUCGUCAGAGGGGGGGAAGGGAAAGGCGGCGCCUUUGCAGGCACGUGGGAUGGUGGAUAGGUUUCGGCUACUUGCCAGGGGUGGCGACGGUGGCAAUGGCUGCAUCAGCCAAAGGCGCUCCAGGUCCGACCGACAAGGCAGGCCCGAUGGUGGCGAUGGAGGGACAGGUGGUAAUGUCAUUCUUGAGUGCUCAAGAUCUGUCUGGGAUUUCAGUAACUUGCAACAUCACACGAAAGCAGUCCGAGGAGGCAAUGGACUUUCUAAGAAACAGAUAGGGACAAGAGGUCCUGACAAGGUUGCACAAGUACCAGUUGGCACAGUGAUUCAUCUAGUCCGAGGGGAGCGACCGUCUUUCACUUUAAAUAAACCAACCAGAUCUCUAGAUCCCUGGGAUAUCCCAGAUGCUGUGGAUGACUCUGCAGACAGUUCCAAUCAGAAGAACAAGGAUGGCAUUAAUGGAAAUGAAGCUGAAAGAGAAAGUAGCAAUCAGCGGGAGAAGCAAACAUACCCUAGUACAUGCUCCAAGACUGGGUUUUCGAACGCUGAAGAUGGUGAUGCAAAUAGCAUUCAACAUCAGGUCGAGUUUGAUGAAAAUGAUCAGUUUGAUGACGACGAUGAAGAAUUUUGGGAGGAUGAAGACGAGACGGAGGAAGAGGCUCUAGAUGCAGAUGAGGAUAGGGAAGAAGAUGACAUACAGUAUUCUGUUGCUGAAAUGACAAGACCUGGGCAACGGUUGAUCGUAGCACAAGGAGGGGAGGGUGGGCUAGGGAAUGCUUCUAUCGGCAGAGACGUCUGUCUAUCCAAAGGAAAUAGACAAGAGGAGGUAGCCCGUUUAAGUACUGGACAGGCAGGAACAGAGUCUUUUCUUGUCUUAGAACUGAAGAGCAUUGCUGAUGUUGGCCUUGUUGGUUUGCCUAAUGCCGGAAAGAGCACACUUCUGAGUGCUCUCUCUAGGGCUCGCCCAGAGAUCGCUGACUAUGCGUUCACCACACUAAGGCCCAAUAUUGGUAGCCUGACCUACGACGACUACUUGUCAGUGAAAGUUGCUGACAUACCUGGUCUUAUCAAAGGUGCCCAUGAGAACCGUGGCCUGGGCCAUGCCUUCUUGAGGCACAUUGAGCGCACCAAAGUUCUGUCCUAUGUACUUGACCUGGCAGCAACACUCAACGGUAGGAAGGGUAUCCCACCAUGGGAGCAGCUACGCGAUCUGGUCGUGGAGCUAGAGCAUUACCAAGAAGGCAUGACAAAGCGCCCAUCGUUGAUUGUCGCAAACAAAAUAGAUGAAGAGGGAGCUGAAGCAAUGUAUGAAGAACUGAAGAGGAGAGUGCAAGGUGUUCCGAUAUUUCCAGUGUGUGCCAUCUUGCAAGAGGGAAUACCUGAUCUGAGAGUUGGCCUGAGAGACCUUAUGGAUGCCUCGGAUCCGCAAGGUGUCGAUUUGAGCAAAAUUAUUGUAGGCUAAAAAGGCUUUGCCCCUCGUUGGAGAAGAAUUGUUCUCCGAUUCUUUCCCCUUGAGCACUGUCUGCUUGCAGAUGCACUGUAGAUCCGUGUUGCAAAAAUUGCUCUAAUUUUCUGUGUUGCAGAAUAGAUCAUCCAUUGUUUUAGAAAAUUCAGUGUAAUAAUAACGAAGGGUAACCAGUAUGUAUGCUUUGGUCUUUCAUAGGAACAGCAAUGCGUACUACCAAAAAGGUUCAUUCAA